AUCAUCUCUCAUUGGGUCGAGACGCUCAACAAUUGUGCUAUUCAGUCCAUCGCCAAUGGUCACGUGUCACGCGGCUCGUAUUAUUUUUUGGCGCGAUUCGUUUUUUCACCGAAUCGACAUCCUCCACACCUGACACGCGUUGUCGCAUAUCAUAACGACUCGCGCGAACUUGUUCUUAAUUUUAAGUAUAAAACAUUUUUUUCCCUUUUUCAUUUCAUAAGAGUUUUAAUUUAAUAUUUUAUUUAUUUAACGCCGCGUCAAACAGAAAAACAGUACGUAUUUACACAUUUUCUUUUGGCCAUUUUUGUUGUUUUUGUGUGUGCAUCAAGAGUUUUUGUUUUUGCUAUAAUAACAUCCAUCAAAUUGUUGCCGUUUACACGUUUGUUUCACAUUUAUAAUGAAGGGAAAGAAGAUUCUUCCAGCGAUAUUUACCAUUCUCCUGGUUCAUCGUUUCCAAGUCAGUCGAAUAUGCUUUUGUUUCAGACACAGAGCACAUUCACUCCUAACACAUUUGCAGAGUUACUCACCGGUGCUUACUCAGAGCUGCCAUUAAACGAAGAGUUGGACACGUUGACUGACGUUCACGGAGUACUGUCGGACGUUUCUGGCACUGAAGAUUCUCAUUCGCAUAAUGCAGACACUGCCGCUGGUCUUUUGCCUAGUUUUCAAGAGACUUACGCCGGGUCUGGUGUAGGGUUCAAAAUGGAAGACGAAUAUGCAAACAUGCCGCAAUCGGUCGCGGCUUCAGUUUACCCAUCGCCGAUGCAUCAGCAACACCAUCACCAUCACAACAACCACCAUCAUCAUCAACCACACCAACUCCCCCACCAUCACCUUCAACAUCAGCAACAACAACUUCAUCACCACCAUCAUCACCUACAUGGAGUACCACCUCCUCCUCCGCCACCACCGCCAUUAGUUCAUUUCGACUAUCCGUAUCAACAUUAUUCGGAUAGUUCGGUAAAUCACCAAACCACGGACUCCUCGGGUUCUGAUCAUGGUUUGGGUUUCGAACUUAAUAUGGUGACGGAACAUGUUACACUUCACCCGCCACAGCAACAGCAGCAGCCGCCGCCGUCAAUAUCCCUGACCCAUGACGUGUCAACGCGACCUAGAAGGUCAUCUGUGCAUAUGCACAGGAUGGAUUCAUCCGAAAGUUUAUCGCCAAAAAUGCGACAUGGCAUUAAUUCGCUGUCUGUUGCUGCAUCCAAUGACUGUUCUCUGCAAGACGUUUGUUUGUCUAGGAACGUUACGGGGUCAGCACCCACAUCGCCAUCUCAAUUAUGUGCCGUGUGUGGUGACACAGCGGCGUGCCAACAUUACGGUGUUCGCACGUGUGAAGGAUGUAAAGGAUUUUUCAAGAGGACAGUCCAAAAAGGUUCCAAGUACGUUUGUCUAGCCGAUAAAAAUUGUCCCGUUGACAAGAGACGAAGAAAUAGAUGCCAAUUCUGUCGGUUUCAGAAAUGUUUACAAGUGGGCAUGGUCAAAGAAGUCGUUCGCACCGAUUCGUUAAAAGGCCGUCGGGGUAGAUUGCCGUCAAAACCCAAGUCGCCUCACGGAUCACCUCCAAGUCCACCCGUGUCUCUUAUCACAGCUCUGGUGCGAGCACAUGUCGAUACUAAUCCUGAUUUUUCAUCUUUAGACUAUUCCCAAUAUCACGAGCCCAAGCCAUUUGAGCCUUUAACUACAGAAGCAGAAAAAAUACAGCAAUUUUUUGGGUUACUCACGACGUCCGUAGAAGUAAUAAAGCAUUUCGCCGAUAAAGUACCUGGUUUCAAAACGUUAUGUAAGGCAGACCAAGACUUACUUUUUCAAUCGGCGUCCCUCGAAUUAUUUGUUCUCCGUCUAGCGUUCAGGACAAAAUAUGCAGAUACGAAAUUGGUGUUUUGUAACGGAGUUGUUUUAGAUAAACAACAGUGCUACAGAAGUUUUGGCGAUUGGUUGCAAGCUAUUUUAGAUUUCAGUCAAUCUUUACAUUCAUUGGAAAUUGACAUAUCUUCAUUUUCUUGUAUAUGUGCUCUUACUUUAAUAACUGAGCGUCAUGGACUUCGAGAGCCCAAAAAAGUCGAACAGAUACAAAUGAAAAUAAUUAACACCUUGCGGGAACACAUCACCUACAGUAUGUCUGAUUCUCAACGCAAAUCAUACUAUUUUUCGCGACUGUUGGCCAAACUUCCAGAACUUCGUUCUUUAAGCGUACAGGGCCUUCAAAGAAUAUUCUAUUUAAAACUAGAGGAUUUGGUACCAGCACCGCCUUUAAUUGAAAACAUGUUCAUAGCUAGCUUACCAUUUUGAGACAUUAAAACCUUAACGUAUUUCUCUAUAUGUUAAAACAUAUCAACGCGCGUUGAAAAUACUUAAAUCGCGAGAAAUUUAUUUACUAUAUAUUAUAUUAAAUUAUAGAGUCACAAUAUAAUGUCUUUAUAAUAUCUUUGUACUUAGUUAUACAGCUUUGUUUUAUUUUUUAUUGAUGUGGUCACUCGCACUUAUUUUUAGUCUUUAAUUUUUGCUUGUAGAUUGUUAAAAUGAUUCGAAAUGAUUAUAUUGUUAUAAAUAUUACUGUUAUUUUUAUUUAUUUUAUUUUUUGAGCUUUUGUAACACAGAAUCUUAUUGUUUUAUUAUUUAUUCUUAUAACUAUUUAUACUUCUUUCAAUUGAUAACAUGUAUUAUAUUAUCAUGUAAAUUGUAAUUAUGAUCUGAUCUACAUUUAGAUAGCCUAUUUCUUUAAUUUUUAAUUUAUACACUUAACAU